AUGGCUGCCGCUCCCACACCUUACACAACUCGCCCUCAGUAUUCGUCGAGCGUUCUCGUGAGGGGGACGCCGGAAUAUGAACGAUGCAGACGAAACAACCCGAGCUCGGCAACCCCUGAACGAUAUCCUCGCGAAAUACACCUCCCGAAAACACCUCAGGAUGUUGCAGCUGCCCUGCGCAAGGCCACUGAACUUGGUGUCCAUGUUGGCAUCCGAAGCUCCGGCCACAUCUUUGGCCUUGGCGCGCUAGUGCAUGAUGGUAUCAUGAUCGAUACUUCGUUCCUGAACCGCGACAUCGCCUACGACACUGAUACGCAAGAAAUCGCCUUUGGGCCUGCGGUCAGAGUUGAGGAAGUGGCGGGCAAGCUAGCAGAGAUCAACAGAUUCUUUCCGCAUGGACAUGCCCCUACUGUCGCGGCGGGAGGAUUCCUGCUCGCCGGUGGACAAGGCUGGUUCGUGCGAGGCUGGGGUGCCACCGCUCAAAGCUGGAUCACCAAGAUGGAAAUUGUUGUCCCCAGCGGCGAGGUCGUCACUGCAAGCCGUACCGAGAACAAGGACCUAUUCUGGGCAGCUCGAGGAAGUGGCCUUGGGUUCUUCGGCGUUGUGACCAGGUUUUGGGGCCGAACCAUCCCGAGAUCAACACUGUGGGAGCGGAACUUCACUUUCGAAGUUGGAAACAAGUAUGAAGCGUUGAUGACGUGGGCCCUGACGAAGGGAGACGAAACUCCCAAGUACGGCACAGAUCUCAACCUCACCAUCUACUACCCCGAGAAGUAUGACCCAAAUUGUUCCGGCGACGACAUCCCGAACCCGGCGACGCUGCAUAUGAGUCUCAGCCUGCUCUGCUAUGCCGAUACCAAGCCACAGGCGAAGAUCCUGCUGAGUGCAUACGACGACAUGCCAGCCGAGAUCAAAGAUGCCUUGAUUGAGAUGAAGCCGGUCACCAAGACGUCAUUCCAGCGCAUCUUCCAGACGAAGCGCGGCUUCAUUGGCCUUGGCGGCGACAAGCGUUGGUCUAUCUUGAGCAUGCUCAGUGAGCCUUCCGUCCCGAUGCCAAAGCUCCUUUCUUACAUCAAACCCGCUAUGCUGGAGCUGCCGACACGAACCUCGGUUGUCUUCAUUUGCACAUGCGACAUCGUUCCCGACGAGGUUGAUUCGGCCGUGACCAUUCCGCAGCAGUACUACAUAUCGACCAUCACCCAGUGGACAGAUCCCAAGCUGGAACCCCAGAUCUAUCAGCCGAUGCGGGACCGGUACCGCCGUGCGCUCCCAGUAUCGGCUGGAGUGUAUGUUGCUGACUACGAUGUUACGUGCGAUGAUGCAAAUGGCAAGGUCAUGUCGGAUACCGCGUUGGCGAGGUUCUUGAAGAUCCGCGAAAAGUGGGAUCCUAAGGGCAUCUUUCCGAACUACAAGAAGUUCAUCGAGACCCACAACAAGAUCAACCAAGGCUUGCACAAGGCCAAGAUUUGA